AUGGGCGAAUCGAGACGCAUAGGCGAAUAUCAACUUGAAGAUAUUAUAGGCAAAGGGGCAGCUGGAUCUGUAUACCGCGGUAUCAAUCUGCGGACAGGUGGGGUUGUCGCCAUCAAGCAAAUCCGGAAGGAAGGUUUCAGCUCUUACGAUGAGAUCGAGGCGGCGCGGAUGGAGAUUGACAUGCUGCGCGAUCUGAACCACCGGAAUAUUGUCAAAUACAUUGGCUACGAGCAGACCGAGGAUGAGCUCGAUAUUAUCCUCGAGUACUGCGAGGGCGGCUCGCUGCAAAACAUUCUGCGCAAGUUUAGCAAGUUUCCCGAGAACCUGGUCGGUGUGUACGUGGCGCAAAUCCUCGACGGGCUUUCGUACCUGCAUAGCAACGCGAUCCUGCAUCGCGACAUCAAACCCGGAAACAUCCUUCUGCUCAAGGAGGGCAUAGUGAAGCUGGCAGAUUUUGGCGUGGCCAGGUUCCAAAACGGGCUCCAUACAGUGGUUGGCUCGCCGUACUGGAUUGCACCCGAGGUGCUCCAGCAAAAGGGGGCCACGACGGCGUCCGACAUUUGGAGUCUGGGCUGCACGAUUGUCCAGAUGGUCGACGGAAAGGCGCCGUACCAGGACCUGCAGCCCAUGGCGGCGCUGUACCGCAUUGGCCUGGACGAGCACCCACCGUUCCCACACAACAUUUCGCCGCAGCUGAGGGACUUUCUGUCGCGGUGUCUAGUGAAUGUGCCCUCGGCGCGGGCGACAGCCGACGAGCUGCGCGGCCACGAGUGGAUCCGCAUGCGAAGCCUCACAUGCGCGCCGGCUUAG